GGUAUUCUAUGUUGAAAUUGUUGGAUGCUACACAAACCAGAAUGGCUCCAACUAAACCAGUGCCAUUGAAAUUGUUAGAAACCAAUCUUGAUCAUGAAAUAUCCAAAUCUCAAGAAUCAAUAUAUUCCCAGACAUAUUCAUUAUAUUCUGUGGAAGAUCAUCAAACUGGAAGUUCAUGUGAGAGGUUCCUCACCAGAAUACCCUAUGCCACAUUGAUUGCCACUGCAAUGUGUGCACUGGGUGUAGUAAUUUAUUGUGGAACAAUGUAUCGGGGAGCCACUUUAGCUGUUCUGAUGUUCAGUGAAGUUUUCAAAAUGCAGCUUUUUUGGGUUGAUCAAGUUAAAAUGACAUUUGUUUUCAUUGGGGCAUGUAUGGGUGCCUUGGGCCUCAUGAUCUUGAUGGUUGGUUUCCUAGCCACUGGAGCAACAAGACACAAGGUUUAUAGAGGGUGGGGCUCACGAGUUGGAGGCAGACUCAGCUGUGUGGUUUUUAUGGGUAUCACUUACACACUGCAAAUAGCAUGGAUCCUGAAGUUCUGCUUCUUGGUUGUGGUUACUUUCAUUUUCACAAUAUUUUGGAAAAUGUGUGAAAACCCAAGGGUAGCUUCAUUGCAAGAUGACAUUGAUCUUACACAAUUUUAUUUUUUGUUUCCUGAUGGUACACGACAAGAACACAUGAAGGUCUCUGGUCAAAGUGAUGUAAAAGCAUUUUGUAAGGAUUAUGUUGAGAAGGUAGAACUCUUGUUCAUUUUGGCAACUGUAUCUUCAGUACUGGUUAUUUUAAGUUUGAUACAUUACCUAAUGUGCCUAUCUGCCAAUUAUGCACAUAUAAGAGAUCAAGAAAAGUUCUUGCAAUUCCAAGAUCUCCAAAUGUUGAAUGAUCCUGAUAUGCUGUCUGGAAAAGACCGCUUCUAGGAUACAGCCCAGGAAAUACAUAUGCCUGAGAUCAAUUGGCAACAUAUUUAAGAGAAAGAAUAAAAAAUAACAAUAAAUUCAUUAAAAAAUACAAAAGGCUGACUAGUAACUGAAGACUAUUUUUUAUACAAUAUUUUGAUGAAACUAAAAAAAUUCAAUAUUCAUAUCUGGAUGAAAACCUGAGUACAGUGGUGCUCAAAUGAAAUGGAACAACUUAUGGACAAUCCGUUUUUGUUGAGCAGAGCUGUACACUAUCUCAAAUAAUUCGUCUUCCUGCAUGAGUAAAGUCUCAUCCUUUUUGUGGUUUUUGGUCUUAGAUGUCUGUAUUUCCUGGGUUCCCUUGCACAUAUCAAUACUGAUUACUGGUAUCAUGUCCGUCCUGUGUGGUCCCCUCAUUGUGUGAACACUCAUUCCCAUCUAUUGUUAGUUAGUGAAAUGAACCUAAGAUACAUUCCACUUGAAGCUAUUUCAAGGUGGCGCUCACUCCAGAGGUGCAUUCCAAUUUUCCAUGAAAAAUUGCUUGUAUGAUUUUUUGACAUUUCACCCCUCAAAAAUGCACCCACUAAGUUUUAUCUGUGUGAAAAAAGUUUUACUUAUAUGUCCCAUUUUCAGGUUGGUCACACAUUUUUUUUUUAAUAGGAACCUUAAUGAUUAUUAUAGUUCCUCAAAGUUACAUGCUUAAAUCGAAUGUAUUUUGAAAUAUUUAGUUCCAGUGAUACAAUGAAUGUAUGUGAAAUUUUUGUAGUUAUGGAU